AUGCUUCCUCUCUUGAUCAAGGUGCUUCCUCUCUUCAACAAAGUGCUUCCUCUCUUGAUCAAGAUGCUUCCUCUCUUGAUCAAGAUGCUUCCUCUCUUGAUCAAGGUGCUUCCUCUCUUGAUCAAGAUGCUUCCUCUCUUCAUCAAAGUACUUCCUCUCUUCUUCAAAGUACUUCCUCUCUUGAUCAAGGUGCUUCCUCUCUUCAACAAAGUGCUUCCUCUCUUCAUCAAGAUGCUUCCUCUCUUCAUCAAAGUGCUUCCUCUCUUGCUCAAGAUGCAGCUUCCUCUCUUCAACAAAGUGCUUCCUCUCUUCAUCAUGCAGCUUCCUCACUACAUCAUGCAGCUUCCUCUCUUAACAAAGUGCUUCCUCUCUUCAUCAAGAUGCUUCCUCUCUUCAUCAAAGUGCUUUCUCUCUUGCUCAAGAUGCUUCCUCUCUUCAUCAAAGUGCUUCCUCUCUUCAUCAUGCAGCUUCCUCACUACAUCAUGCAGCUUCCUCUCUUCAACAAAGUGCUUCCUCUCUUCAACAAAGUGCUUCCUCUCUUCAUCAUGCAGCUUCCUCUCUAA